GCUUAUAUCAAAGAAACAAUACAAUUUAGUUUACUGGCAGUUUUGGAAGCUGUCAGAGUUAUUUUUAAAUCUAUAAAAUGGCGCAAGAAGUGGCCAGAGUUGCAAGACGGCUGGAAGAGGCAAAAGAGACUCAAUUUUUAGAUCUUUCCAAGUGUGAGCUUCUGAAGAUACCUGAUGCAGCCUACUUUAUGUUGAAGGACAGUGUUAUAAACAAAUGUGAUCUCAGUGGAAACAAUAUUAAGAGGAUACCAUCCAAAUUUUGUACAAAGUUUACAGAUUUAACAGAGCUUCAGCUACAAGAUAAUAACUUGUCUAGUCUUCCUGAAGAAGUGAGAGAUAUGGAGCAGUUACAAGUUUUAGAUAUAUCAAAUAACAAAUUUGAAAGUCUUCCUGUAAUCUAUGAUUCACCAAAAUUAAACACAGUCUCUGCCAAAGGCAACAAAAUCACAGGCAUUGACUUAGAAAGGUUAAGGAAGAUGUCAUCUUUAAGAGAAUUAGAUCUGCAAGAUAAUCCAUUACCAGAGGAAACUCAAGGAAUGCUGAGAGAUAUUGACAUGUUUACAGUACAUAUAGGUGAUUCUGAUCCUGUAGGCAAAGAAUUAGAAGAAGUGGAAUAAAAAUCAAAACUUUUGAACCAUAUGAUAUUUUUAUAUGUAAGAUACUUUUACAAAUCAAUAGUAUUUAAGUAAAAUACAAAUAGAUAUGUUUGACAUACUUUCUAUGAACUAUUUUGUAUCUAGUAGUUGUAAAACUGUCUCCAUAUUUAUACCAAUGACUUUCAUACAUUUAUGACACUAAGUAAAUUUCCCUAAAAAGCCAACUGACUUUCCUAUUUGAUUAUUGUUAUAAUAUGUUGAUAUAGUUAAAAGUUAUAUUUAUUUGUAUAUUUGUCAAAUCAUAUUUGGUAGGGAUGGAAAUGAAAAAAAAAAGGUGGGGGUAAAAUUGUUCAAAGGUUGCUCAAUUUCAAUAUGACUUUACAAUAUAAUGAAUAAGCUGAUUUUGCCACAGUAAUCAACGGAAGUACAGAGAGGACAUUUUGAUUUGAUUUUAUUUUCCUAUCUAGUUGCCACAAGAUAAAAC